GACGAAAUGUGGCCAAGGUGGUCGAGGCAGCAACAGCAGCGGCGCCAGCAGCAGCAGCAGCAGCAGCAGAGCAGCAGCAGCAGCAGCAGCAGCAGCAGCAGCAGCAGCAGCACAGCAGCAGCACAGCAGCAGCAGCAGCAGCAGCAGCAGCAGCAGCAGCAGCAGCAGCAGCAGCAGCACCAGCAGCAGCAGCAGUCCACGGCACAAGACCUACCAUGACGUCGGCAGGUCUCAGAUUGUGGAGG